CUAUUUACGACUUGGUCUACUCAUAGAUACUGGUCUACUCAUAGAUACUGGUCUACUAUUUUACUCGCGCUAGGGCUAUUGAAGAUGCAGUACCAACGAAGUCAUGCAGCUUCAUUUGCAACUGAUCCUAACCCAAUAUAUGGAGGAUUUGAUAGAGAUAUUUAUCGACCAGUUAGUCCUCUAAGUCCUCUUCUUCAUAAUAAUGCUGUUCCGGCACCUGUUAUUGAGAAUCAGUAUCACUCAGUCCCUAGUGGCCCAAGAUCUGAACAGGAGAUAAGAGGAGGAUUUGCAGUCAAUACACAAAGGCUGCAUCUCGCAGCAUUCAUAAUGACCAUUGUUUGUCUUUCUCUAACAUGCGGCCUUACUAUUCCGUGUGCAGGUGCUAUUUUCUGUUGUCUACGCAAGGCAUCCAAUGCUAAAACUAUGAGUCAAAGAAGAACUUACAUGAAAAUUGCAUUCAUCAGCAGUGCUUUCUAUGUUGUGAUCCUGACAGUUUUAAUUUUGAUGGCUGCAAACAUAGGAUUGCUGGUCGGAGGUGGCCUAUUUAACUGAACCUAAUAUUAUUAAGCUGUAUAAUGCCUUAGUACUAACAAAAUACCUAUACUUAGGCUACUAGACUAAUUGUUAUUUUCCUUUCCCAUUAAUGUUUUAAAAUACCAGAUCAA